UUGCCUGUGGACGCCGCCGAGUAAGCAUCGUUAAAGUCUCCCCUCCCACCGCCGUCAUGUCUAAGUCAGAGUCUCCCAAAGAGCCUAAACAGCUGCGGAAGCUCUUCAUCGGAGGUCUGAGCUUUGAAACAACCGAUGAGAGUCUGAGGAGCCAUUUUGAGCAAUGGGGAACACUUAUGGACUGUGUGGUAAUGAGAGAUCCGAACACCAAGCGCUCCAGAGGCUUUGGGUUUGUCACCUAUGCCACUGUGGAGGAGGUGGAUGCAGCCAUGAAUGCAAGGCCACACAAGGUGGAUGGAAGAGUUGUGGAACCAAAGAGGGCUGUCUCAAGAGAAGAUUCUCAAAGACCUGGUGCCCACUUAACUGUGAAAAAGAUUUUUGUUGGUGGCAUUAAAGAAGACACUGAAGAACAUCAUCUAAGAGAUUAUUUUGAACAGUAUGGGAAAAUCGAAGUGAUUGAGAUCAUGACUGACCGAGGCAGUGGCAAAAAGAGGGGUUUUGCUUUUGUAACAUUUGAUGACCAUGAUUCUGUAGACAAGAUUGUCAUUCAAAAAUACCAUACUGUGAAUGGCCACAACUAUGAAGUAAGGAAAGCGCUCUCUGAGCAAGAGAUGGCUAGUGCUUCAUCCAGCCAAAGAGGUCGAAGUGGUUCUGGAAACUUUGGUGGUGGUCGUGGAGGUGGUUUUGGUGGGAAUGACAACUUUCGCGAAGGAAACUUCAGUGGUCGAGGUGGCUUUGGUGGCAGUCGAGGUGGUGGUGGAUAUGGUGGCAGUGAUGGCUAUAAUGGAUUUGGUAAUGAUGGAAGCCACUUUGGAGGUGGCGGAAGCUAUAAUGAUUUUGGCAAUUACAACAAUCAAUCCUCAAAUUUUGGACCCAUGAAAGGAGGCAAUUUUGGAGGCAGAAGCUCUGGCCCUUAUGGUGGUGGAGGCCAAUACUUCGCCAAACCACAAAACCAAGGUGGCUAUGGUGGUUCCAGCAGCAGCAGCAGCUAUGGCAGUGGCAGAAGGUUUUAAUUACUGCCAGGAAACAAAGCUUAGCAGGAGAGGAGAGCCAGAGAAGUGACAGGGAAGCUACAGGUUACAACAGAUUUGUGAACUCAGCCAAGCACAGUGGUGGCAGGGCCUAGCUGCUACAAAGAAGACAUGUUUUAGACAAUACUCAUGUGUAUGGGCAAAAAAACUCGAGGACUGUAUUUGUGACUAAUUGUAUAACAGGUUAUUUUAGUUUCUGUUCUGUGGAAAGUAUAAAGCAUUCCAACAAAGGGUUUUAAUGUAGAUUUUUUUUUUUUUGCACCCAUGCUGUUGAUUGCUAAAUGUAAUAGUCUGAUCAUGACGCUGAAUAAAUGUGUCUUUUUUUUAAA